AUGAAGCCGGUGGUGGGCAUGGUGAUAAGCAAUAAGAUGCAGAAAUCAGUGGUGGUGGCGGUAGAUCGCCUCUUCUACCACAAAGUCUACAACCGCUAUGUUACGCGCACCUCCAAAUUCAUGGCCCAUGACGAGAACAACCAAUGCAACCCCGGCGACCGCGUAAAGUUGGAACCUACGAGGCCACUGAGCAAGCGGAAGCAUUGGCUUGUUGUCGACAUUCUUAAGAAGUACAAAAUUUAUCCGCCCCCCGUAAUUGAAGUGUCUAAAACUCAAGAUUCAAGUACCGAAGAGGGGAAACUAUAG